GUCAGCCACGUACCCCAUGCCCCUGGCUCCGCCGAGGCUCCAUCUGGCCACCAGCCCUGGGGCUGGCCAGGGGCCCUUCCUCGGCUCCCCAGCUGUGCUCCAGGUUCUGCCUCCACUUCCCCUGGCAGGGAAACCGUGACUCUGCCGGGAAGGAAUUUCCCCUCCCUGCAGCUUAACCCUUCCCCAGCUGGCCACUAGCCACAUAAGCACUCCUGGAGGUCAAGGAGCUGGGCAACCUGCUGUGUCCUCUUCCCUGCUGGCUCUCCUCUUCCUCUGCUUCCUCCUAUUCCUCCUCCUCCUCGUCCUCUCGUAGGUGCCGGCGAAGGGUGCAGGGCCUGGCCAGCGCUGGGGAAGGACUCCAGGGGUCCAGGCCCACAGCUCCUGCACGCUCCCCGAUGGUGCCACCCCCUAUUGCCAGCUCUGCCCCUGCAGCAGCGGUGCCAGGCUGUGGUGCUCCUGCCAGGCUGGGGGGCGGGCGGGUGGAAAGCUCAUCCCAGGGUCUGUCACCGCCCUGAACCCCAUGGCCAUUUAAUCCUUCACCCAUUAACUUGGACUAAUAAACCUCGUGCGAGCGAGAGGCUAAAAGCCGUGCUUGCACCAGCACCGUCUCUGCCAGUGCCACUCCUGCUGCCCGCCAUGGCAGGUGGCUUCUUCAUCAGCAAGACCGUGGGCAUCGUGGCCAUCGUGCUGGGCCUGGGGGCUGUGGCCACCAUCAUUGCACUCUCGGUGGUGUACGCCCAGGAAAAGAACAAGGGGAUAUCAGAUGUGGGCACCAGCACCACGGCCAGCCCUAUCACCAGCACCAGCACCACGGCCAGCCCUGUCACCAGCACCAGCACCAGCACCCCUGCCCCCAGCAACCCCUGGAACAAAUGGAGGUUGCCAGCCACGCUGAAGCCAGAGUUCUAUGAGGUGUCCCUGCAGCCCUUCCUGAAGCCUGAUGCCAACAACAUGUACAUCUUCAAGGGCAACAGCAGUGUGGUCUUCCUGUGUGAGGAAGCCACCGACCUCAUCCUCAUCCACAGCAAGAACCUGAACUACACCAUGCAGGGCACCUUCCAUGCCACCCUGCAGGCAGAGGAUGGUGACACACUCCCUGCCAUCUCCCGCACCUGGCUGGAGACUCCCACCCAGUACCUGGUGGUGCAGCUGAACGCUCCCCUGCAGCAGGGCAAGCGGUACCGGCUGUCCAGCAGCUUCACCGGGGAGCUGGCCGAUGACCUGGCUGGCUUCUAUCGCAGCGAAUACACGGAUGCCUCUGGCAACAGGAAAGACCUGAUGGUGCUGAACGAGCUGCAUACCGUGAUGGCCACCGACGCCCUGGCCAGCUCCCACCCGCUCUCCUUCCGCGAGGACGAGAUCAACACCCCAGCCCAGAUCAGCGAAGUCUUCGACAGCAUCGCCUACAGCAAGGGAGCAUCGGUGCUGCGGAUGCUCUCGAGCUUCCUUAGCGAGGACAUCUUCAAGGAGGGGUUGCAGUCCUACCUCCACAACUUCUCCUACAGCAACACCAUCUACUCUGACCUCUGGGUCCAUCUGCAGCAGGCGGUGGACAGGAACGAGGUCCAGCUGCCUGACACUAUCAGCAACAUCAUGGACCGCUGGACGCUGCAGAUGGGCUUCCCUGUGGUCACUGUCGACACCAGCACCGGCACCAUCCGCCAGGCCCAUUUCCUGCUGGACCCCACAUCUUCUGUGGACAGACCCUCUGUCUUCAACUACACCUGGAUCGUCCCCAUCACCUGGAUGACAGGCAGUGGCCGCGAGAACACCACCUGGCUGACCAAAGACACAGACACCAACAACGACUUCAAGCUCACGAGCCCCGACUGGCUCCUGCUGAACCUCAAUGUCACUGGGUACUUCCGUGUCAAUUACAACCAGGAGAACUGGAAUCAGCUCGUCAAGCAGCUUGACACUGACCACUCGGUCUUCCCUGUGAUCAACCGUGCCCAGAUCAUUGAUGACGCCUUUAACCUGGCCAGGGCCAAGUACGUGAACGUGACCUUGGCUCUGAGCACGACACGGUUCCUGAGCCAGGAGAGGGAAUACAUGCCCUGGCAGGCAGCACUCACCAACCUCAAGUACUUCAAGCUGAUGUUUGACCGCAGCGAGGUCUUUGGGGCCAUGUCGGCAUACAUGAAAAAGCAGGUGACCCCUCUCUUUGAGUACUACAAGUCACGCACCAGUAACUGGACCAUUCCCCUCAGUGAUGACUUGCUGAUGGUCCAGUACAACGAGGCCAAUGCCAUCAGCACCGCCUGCUCCUACGGUGUCACCGAUUGCCAGAAUUUGGCUGCCAACUACUUGCGCCAGUGGCAGAACAACAACAACAGCAACCCGGUCCCGCCGAACCUGCGCUCAGCCAUCUACUGCAGCAUGGUGGCCACGGGCGGGGAGGAUGCCUGGCAGUUCCUAUGGGCGAAGUUCCAGGAGGCCCCUGUGGUGUCUGAGGCCGACAAGCUCCGCACAGCCCUCGCCUGCAGCCCCGACCCCUGGAUCCUCAGCCGGUACCUGCAGUACACCCUCGACCCUACAAAGAUCCGGAAGCAGGAUGCCACCUCCACCAUCAACAGCAUUGCCAGCAACGUCGUGGGGCAGUCCCUGGCCUGGGACUUCAUCCGUGCCAACUGGAGGACGCUCUUCACCCAGUAUGGCGGCGGCUCCUUCUCCUUCUCCCGCCUGAUUUUAUCUGUGACCCAGCGCUUCUCCACAGAGUUUGAGCUGCAACAGCUGGAGCAGUUCAAGGAGGACAACCAGGACAUCGGGUUUGGGUCGGGCACGCGGGCGCUGGAGCAGGCGCUGGAGCAGACCCGCGCCAACAUCAAGUGGGUGGAGGAGAACAAGGCCGCGGUGCAGAGCUGGUUUGAGAGCGAGACCCGGACCAAAUAAGAGGCGCCUGUGAUUCCCUGGCCUCCAGGAUGGACCCUCGGCCGCUCCAGCCCCCGCACUGCCAGGAAUGGGCUGAUGCCUGCAUGAUGGGCAUGGGGAACUCGGGGUCUUGCCAGGGGGAGGCCAGGCUGGUGCGCUCUGGGCAGUAAAUAAAAUCUUGCCCAGUUUCCAGGGCACCCUGCGGGCUGAGGCUGUGCUGUGGGGACUGUGACACACCGGGUAGGAAGUGCCAGGGGCCCUGCAGGCCCGGGGCAGGGGCCAGGGCUGUGAGCCCCCGGGCUGUUAGGAGCCUGGUGCUAAGUGGCUCUGGGGCUUCACUGACGCCA